AUGUCGCAGAAGAUUUGGCUUCGUGCUGAGACCAAGCCCGCUGAGGCGCGGUCUGCUUUGACCCCAACCACUUGCAAGGCAUUGAUUGAUGCUGGCUACCAUGUGACAGUCGAGCGCUCUACUCAGCGCAUUUUUGAUGAUGAGGAAUUCGCCAAGAUCGGAGCUCCUCUCGUUGAUGAAGGCUCCUGGGUAAAAGAUGCUCCCAAGGACGCCGUUGUUUUGGGUCUGAAGGAACUGCCCGAGGAGGACUUCCCCUUGGAGCACGUUCACGUUACUUUCGCCCAUUGCUACAAGCAGCAGGGUGGAUGGCAAGAUGUCCUAAGCCGCUGGCCCCGCGGCAAGGGUCUUCUGCUUGACCUGGAGUUCCUCACCGAUGAGGUUGGCCGUCGCGUUGCUGCUUUCGGCUUCUCUGCUGGUUACGCUGGUUCUGCACUGGCUGUCAAGAACUGGGCCUGGCAGCUCGCCCAUCCCGAGGGUGGAGCGCUCCCUGGUGAGGUUCCUUACGCCAACCAGGAUCUCCUGAUCGAGUCCGUCAAGGAGAGCGUUGAGGCUGGUAAGAAGAUCUCCGGCAAGUACCCUACCGUUCUUGUCAUCGGUGCCCUUGGCCGUUGUGGCAAGGGUGCCGUCCAGCUGGCCCUGGAUGUCGGUAUCCCCGACUCCAACAUUAUUAAGUGGGAUAUGGCCGAGACCAAGAAGGGCGGUCCUUUCGAGGAGAUUGUGACCAGCGACAUUUUCGUCAACUGCAUUUACCUGAGCGCUCAGAUCCCUCCUUUCGUCAACGUCGAGUCCCUCACCUCUUCCAAUCGCGCUCUCUCUGUUAUCUGCGACGUCAGCGCCGACACCACCAACCCCUUCAACCCCGUCCCUGUUUACGACAUCACUACCACAUUCGAUAAGCCUACUGUUCCUGUUACCCUGCCCGCAGGUACCCAGGGCCCGCCUUUAAGCGUCAUCAGCAUCGACCACCUGCCAUCUCUUCUUCCCCGUGAGAGCUCUGAGCAGUUCAGCGAGGCUCUCCUCCCUAGCCUUCUGCAGCUGAAGGAUCGCACCACUGCUCGUGUGUGGAAGCAGGCCGAGGAACUGUUCGAAGAGAAGGUUGCUACCCUGCCUGAGACGCUCCGCUCCUAA